AUGAUACAAAAGAUAGAGGAUAAAGAUGCUCUGUACAUUAGCUUUUCGAAGAGAAGGAAUGGAGUAUAUGCUAAGGCGAGUGAUCUCUCUACUCUUUGUGGUAUCGACAUACUAGUAUUGAUUUACUCCCCUACCGGUCGGCCCUACUCCUUCGGCAGCCCUACGGUGGAGUCAAUCGCCAAUCAAUUCCUUUGCAACAUGGGCUUUUUAAUCUCUCAUGAUUCAUCCAGUCAUGAGCAAGAACAUCGCAAAAGGGUGGUCCAAAAUUUGAACCAUAACCUCCUAGAGGUGAGUCACUAUGUGGAGGGCCAGAAGCAAAAGAAGACUGAGCUCGAUGAGCAACUUAGGGUGGGCACUCAAGGGCUCGAGUGGAUCCAAGACUUGAAGGAUGUAGCGGAUCUUGAGGCACUUGAUUUACUCGAGCAAUCAUUAUGGAUGCUCAAGGCUCAAGUUGAUAGACGCGUCAAGAGGGCAAACUUGAAAUUAAAUCCAACCCAACUCCCUCCUCCAGAUCGCGACAUCGCGCUCGAUCCCGUGCCCUACCCCCGUUCCCAGACCCGCGAAAGCUUGGUGCGGCGCCGACGACGGCGGCGCGUGGACAGGAGCGUGGUGCUUUCCACUUUCGUCGUCGGUUCCGGAAUCCUCAAGACUUGUUGGGCGCCGGCCGGUAGGGCUUCCACCGCGGAGCCACCGUGGGAGAUAUCAUAUACAGGCAGUUUUCUGCAGGUUAGUUUUGGUGAGGUGGACUUGAAGGCGUGCUUGGAGCAAAAGUUCAGUCUCAAUUUCUUCUGCACUUUUAUCAGUGAACUGAAAAUGAUGAAAAAGACUUCAGUUGUAAAUAGCAAUAAAACUGAUCUCACAGAGAUUGUUGUUUUCUCCCAUUGUUCUUUCUAA